AUUAUGGUCUUCUUUUCCAACCGUAUUUUCUAAGAAAGUUUUGUCACCGAAGUAAUCAGAGUCAUUUCCCUUUAUCACAAUUCACAAGUGAACUUUUCCUCUCUUGCUAAAAACAUUGAAAGAUUUCACCUUUAUCUUUUAACUCUUCCUCAUAUCAUAAUCUAAACAGCCAUGUACGGUUUAACGAAGCUAGGCACUGUGCUCACUAUAGUAUUUUCAGUCUCUCUUUUGGCGUUAUUAGCCAAUCUUCUUUAUGUUUUAUGGCGGAAGCAAGUUUUCCGGCGACGGAACAGCCCUGAUAUACCUCCAGGGGACCCGUUUUACAAAUUUUCGUCAUCGAAGGAGCAGCUUCUGUACUUUUUCUGCUUGAAGAACCAGUCCCGGAUCGAACCCGCGGGAAACCCAACGGUUUCGGACCCGCCAGAGUCGGCGGCAGUGGUGGUGGCGGUUGACGAUGAUGACGUGGCGAAUUGGCAGCUGGGGAUGUACGGACCGUCGAGGGUUUUGUUCACUAUUAGAGAAGAAGAGAGAGAAGGGACCGAGACGUCCGAAGCUGAGAAUGAUCAGAGAGCGAAGAGCAAAACGGUGCGUUUAGAGGGUGAGAGUGGUGCGGUUGUGGUAAAAGUGGCAGAUGUUGGUGUUGAUUAUGACGAUCCGACGCCGUUUUCCACUCCGUGUGCUUCGACUCCGUACUUCACACCUUCGCCGUCUCCCACUCACGUUAAGUACUCACCGGAAAACGACAUGUCGUUUCUUAGUGUAGCAGUCUGUAGCGAGUAGAGUAAAAAUAGCUACCUGGCUGUCCAGAAAUAUUGUCAAUAUAUAAACUAAUUAAUUAAUUAAUUAAUGUCCACAGAAUUUUCUUUUUUA